CUGAGGAGCUCCAUCAGUAUUGGAUGCUGUGAGGGAUGCAGGAGAAGCUGGAAUCUCGAAAGAGAAUCUAGUUGCUCAAGUACAGGUCCCACAAGAAUUGGUCGCGAGAUGCAUGAAAAUGCUGACCAGUACUGCGAGACCUCUUGCAUUUUGGGCGGGAUAUUGCCGCCCAGCUGUCCUUGUCGUGUCCCAGCACCUUCCCCCUUGGUCCGUUCGGAUCCCGAGUCCCAUUGUCUGUGACACCUCCGAUCCCCCAGGUGGGGUCAACCCAGGGAUCGGCGGAAACCAGAAUAGGUUCAUAAGUGUGUUCCCCCAACGAUGGAAGGAUAUACGUGGGCAAACUCUCCAAAACCAGUGGGAUGCAGCGCUAAAGGCAGUGAUGAGUCACAUCUGGCUCCGACCUGGAGUUUCCGAGACAUAGCGACUCGUCACCGUACCAUACCCCUCUAUAUGAAUUGGACCAUGGGAUCGAUCACAGCCGUUGCAAUUAAACGACCUCGCUCACCAUCGGGUGAUGUAGAUUCGCGCUGUGAAACUGGAGAAAAC